GACAGCGGACCAUGAAGCUCCGCUCAGUCCGACCCACGUCAGUCCGCUGCAGCAGGAGGGAGGUUUAACUUAGAGAGCUGAUUCAUAGAAAUCAACAGAGAUUAAACUAAAUAAAAGUGAGCCUUGUCAAAGUUGGACAGGGGCAAUUAUUGAGAACUUUCAAGUCCAGUCUUUCCUUUUUUUUUUCCUCCUUCUUCUUCUUUUUUUUUUCCAUUUUCUUUCUGCCUGUCUGUCUCUCUUUCCGUCUCUCUUUCCUCCCUUGUUUCUUUCUUUCCUUCCUUUACUUGUUUGCUUUCCCUCUCUCUCUCGCUCUGUCUCCGGACUCGGUCAUGGUGCUGGCUGUGCUCUCUGGACUUUACCCGCGGUGAUGGGCCGGGUCGGGAGAUGAGCAGCGGGCGGCGUGGGGGUGCCAGGUGCGCAAGAGGAGGUCUGGACGCUGAGGCCACAAGGUGAGAUAGGCCUGAGACCGCCUCAUGUGUCGGGUCUCCUCUGUGUUCUGGUCCCAACCGACCCCCAUCCUCCCAGCAUCAGUGGGAUGUCCCAGGUGUGUCUCUUCUUGUCCUUGCUUAUGCUCUGCAGCUGCACAAAGGUCUCCUCUACUAACUCCCUGGAGCUUGUGAAGGAGAAGUGGAACAUCUACAGAAUCCAGUGCCUGGACUACCUCAACGCCACACCCCCCGCCACAGGGCUGGUGUGUAACAGGACCUUUGACCUCUACGCCUGCUGGCCCGAUGGACUCCCAGGAACUACUGUCAAUGUCUCCUGCCCAUCAUUCCUGCCAUGGCACUCUAAAGUUAAGCAGGGUCUGGUCUACAGAGUCUGCACUGAAGAUGGCCAGUGGGCGCGAAAGAAUACGAGCGAAUGUGAGGACGACCCCAGUGAGCAGCACUACGGUCGCGUCCUCAGUCAGUUACGGAUCAUGUAUACCGUGGGCUACUCGCUCUCCCUCGGAGCUCUGCUGCUCGCCCUGGGAAUCCUCAUCACCUUCAGGAGGCUCCACUGCAUGAGGAACAACAUCCACAUGAACCUGUUUGCCUCCUUCAUCCUGAGAGCUGUGUCCAUCCUCGUGAAAGACGCCCUGCUGACCCUCACGCUGGACCCCAGGAGCAGCGGUGACACCCAGACGCAAGCCCUGGUCAACAUACCGGCUGUGACGUGGUGCCGUGGAGCCAUGGUGAUGAUGCAGUACAGCGUGAUGGCCAACAACUAUUGGCUGCUGGUGGAGGGCAUCUACCUGCACAGCUUGCUGGUCAUCACCGUGUUCAGCGAGAGGAAGUACUUCUACAUUUACCUGGCCAUUGGCUGGGGUGCGCCCCUCAUAUUUGUGUUGCCGUGGAUCACGGUGAAAUAUCUGUAUGAGGACGAGGAGUGCUGGGAGAGGAACAUUAACAUGGGAUAUUGGUGGAUCAUCCGUUUUCCUAUACUGUUUGCUUAUCUGAUAAACUUCGUCAUAUUUAUCCGAAUUAUCAAAAUCCUGAUGUCUAAACUCAGAGCUCACCAGAUGAGAUACACUGACUACAAGUUCAGAUUGGCAAAGUCGACUCUGACUCUCAUCCCCCUGCUGGGGAUUCACGCCAUCCUCUUCACCUUUGUCAUCGACGAGUCGGUCCCUAAAGGCUCCAUGCUGCGCCUCAUUCGCCUCUUCUGUGACCUGCUGUUCAACUCUUUCCAGGGCCUGCUGGUUGCUAUCCUGUACUGCUUUGUCAACAAAGAGGUGCAGUCUGAGAUGUUGAAAAAGUGGAAGCGGUGGAAGCUGGGUAAGGACAUUGAUGAGGAGUAUCGCCACACCCACAGCCACACGCCGCACAUCAAGAGCGGCAGCAUAGCCACUGGCAAUCUGCCCUAUCUCCAUGACAACAACACCAGCGACCCCAGCGGCGACUCGCCUCGCCUCAACAAAGCAGACAGGGCACCCUCGUGCUCGGCAGCACCCGAGGAGAACCGCCGACUGGUCGUCUCCUACAGCAACGGGACGGGGAAAGGCCGGCCCGCCAAGAGCAGGCACGCCCUGCAGUUCUCUUUCCUGCCACGCAGAGUCGCCGCCAGUCACAUCAGCACCGCCACAGAGGACGUGUGUCUGGAGGAGAAGGCGCAGUGUCGCUCAUACCCUCCAGAAGGAGAGGAGACUAAUGUCUGAGAACAGCCUCCUCUGGGCCCUCAUCACUUAUCACGAAAACUCUCUCACUGAUUGUGCUUGUCAUGGUUUCUGAUCAGUGUCUAUCAUGCGCCAAUGAGACGGCAUGGGUGUGAAGAGAACGAGGAGGGGACCCAAACAGAUCACCACCAUAUAACAUUGCAGGAAAACACAGUCACCCACCCAGGUGCAAAUUAAUAUUUAUUGGUUUUUGGACCUUUAGCAAAAAGCGCUUUUUGACUUCAGACAUCAGGAAUGAUUAAAUGUGUUAAAUGUGAUGUGUUAAAUGUGAUGUGUGUGCGCGCGCAUUUGGAGGACUGCUAUUAAACACUGACCCCACACAUAUCUUUCCAUCUAUACUGCUGUUGCCAAUGUGAGUCAAGCUUAUGGUGUGUCUGUUUGCAACAACGGUUGCUCAUUUGUGGUACUUUCUUGCAAAAAACCUCUUAGUGUCAAAUUUUGUACGUUUUUCCAGGUUUUUUUUUUUUUGGUGGGGUGACGGGGUUUAUGAACUGAAAGUGGAUUUCAGCAUGCCUGACUCUUGUUGUCUGGUUCAUGGAGAUCGGGAUGGCGGCAGAACUGAGCGACUGAACAGAGACCGUUGCGGAGGUCGGCUGCUUUGAUCAGAAAGACUGUGCUGUUGUGUUUAAAUUAUUCUUGGAUUCAAAUGAACAAAGCCAAACGAGAGACACAUCACAUACCGUGAUGAGUUCCACAUCAAUUGGGUACGUCAGGCACCAUAUCCAUUCUUUAACGCACAUCCCUGGCUUCCCUCUUUAUCUCGUCCAGUGGUUUCUCAAAGUGGGGUCCAGGAACCUGAAGGGGGUCCCAAGGGCUGACCAGCUAAAAAAACAAUAACAUUUUCACUUUCCCUCCUUGAGGAGGAAAAUAACUUGUGUGACUUUCUGUACAAAAAAUGACAGGCGACCCUGGGUACAAAACCAUAUGAAAUGGGGAGUCUGUGGUCUAAUGAAGUUUGCCAUCAUUUGUCAAGAUUGUCUUGACUGAAUGUUAUAAUAACAAUGGAGGAAUAUGGGUGAGACAGUAUUUAAGUGUAUAUAUGGUAUUAGAAGUGCACAGUACGCCUACAGCUCCUUGAUUCGUACAACAGGAGGCACAUGCCGAAGAUAUACCUGCUUUGUACCCAUGAUGGCUGGCUAGCACCGGGAUGUGACAGUGUCCAUGACAAAGACGUUAAAUUAAAUCUGGACAUAGCAUUGGAGGCAAAGCCCCAUUCAUUCCUAUGAAAGCUGUUCAGUGGCAUUUUGAGCUGGACAUCAAAAAAGCUGGACUUCCCAGGUAUAAAAAUACCGGGAUCUUCCCUGUUGUGCCGCCCGUGGAGUGUGAGCACGACAAACUUCUGGUUUAGUAGCCAGACUUUACACAUCUCAUUGGACCAAAUGGCAAAAAUUAUUAUUGUGAAACACGUCAUUUUUGUGGGGGUUGUGAUUCUAAAAAGAAGUUGUUGAAAGCAAAAUGUGCCCGCAGAACCACUUACAUCAUCACUGGAUUGAGAAAAUUUAAAACAUUAGGAUUCGGUUCAAAGAUGGACGAGGUUCAAUUUGGUGGUAUUUUCCAAAUGUGAUCGAUUUCAGUCCCACUGGAUCCUGCGAGGAUUCUUCACAAAGGGAUUCCUAAUGAACCUUUAGAGCAAGGAUGGUGCAAACAAAUAUUCUGUUUGAAGUGUAAGAGUGAGCACUAGAAGCUGUAAAUAUUGAUGAAAGUGAAUAUGAUGAAGACAAAGAUGGCUGGUUGGAAGGAUGUGUUGUAGUUCUGUGUUUUAUGUUUUCAGUCCAGGUAACUCAAUAAUGAAAAGUAUUCCCACUAAUUAUCUUGAGAAAAGACUCUUGUUUCACUGAACAUGAUUGUACCCGUCCUCUUAUUUAAAAUGUUGCAGUUGUCAGGAGUUGCUCACAAAGCAAACAAUGUCAUGAGAGAACGCAAAACGUUUUAUAUAAAAAGCCAAAUUGAUGUGUCUCGUGUGUCUCUGUGGAUCCAAUUAAACUGAAUUCUGUCGGCAAGGAAGUGUCAUCACAUACAUUGUGUCAAUUCAACAUAUAAGAGCAACAUUAGUGUUUCGAGAUAGUCGUCACUUACACACCUUCAACACAUUACUGACAUCCAAAGUUAAAAUGUUUCCCUGACAGUGUUUUCAAUGUUGGUUGAAAAAUGUUGACAAGUGAAUGACUCAGUGCAUAUCUUUGUGCAGUUAUUCCACAUCAUGUUUGUUUCAGCACGUUUCCACCGGAGAUGACUGCAACAUGAAAUAGAAUGACUCAGUCGUGUGUCGAAUUGAAUACAU